AUGGGCUGCGAUCAAUGCAAUGAUUCGUCAGAAGAAUCAAGAGGCGAACCUGAAGACCACGAAUAUCAAACCUAUUUACAAUUCGACGAUUCUUACGACCUUCAACCCAGCGAUAUUCCUGAUGCUGACAUCGAGCUACUCCUCGCUCGUAUUGUUGACGUGCGACAACUGUAUGGACAAAUUUCGGAUGGGAACGAAGCCAGGAGAUUGUUUUUUAUCGCACCGAUCCUUGCGACAGUCAGUCGUCUGCUCAAGAACGUCCGCAUAUUAGUCGAAGAAGACGUGGUUGGGAAAAACGUGCUCCUGAAAGGUCGAUUCGAGUUCGUGCUCAAGCGUGGCACCAAGAUAAUUUUACUUGUCGAAGCAAAUCGUGAAGAUAUGCUGCGAGGACUGGUUUAG